AGGGGAGUAGCGAUCCCAGUAGGACCACACGUUCCUCAACCUCACCUGUGAAGAACUUUGUGUGUACCUCCCCACACACUCGCAACGUGUGUGUGCGUGAGAGUGAGAGCGCGCACCUGUCCGUGUGAGCGUGAUUGUUGGUCGCCUCUCCCUCCCUCCCCUCCCCUCCCAUCCCAUCCCAUCCCAUCCCCUCCUCUGUCCCCUGUACUGGCAGUAUCCGUUGCAUAUGAGUGGCAAGGCUGGUAGUGGCGGAUCAAAACCGUCAUGGGCUUCCGUGGCCGUCGACUCUGUUCUCGAGCCGCAGCUCCCGCCGCCGGGCAUUCCGCAGACAGCCGCGGUCAAGCCGAGUGGUGAGAGUAGCGGCAAGGUCAUGUCGUUGGCAGAUCGCAAGAUGAGGCGACAGAGGAACAAGCGCUCGUCGUGGACUGGCUCCGGCUCGUUUGCGCUCCCGCCGCGGCCGGAUGGCAGCGCCCCGGCCACGCGGUCGGCCACUGGCACACGGGCGGUCGUGACGAAGCGGCCGAGGGCCAACACUGGCGCACUGCCGCUGCCCAAGCUCGACCAGAUGCAGCCGCCGCCUCGCCGCAACGGUCGCGGUGGACGCGGUCGGCGGCGCGACGGGUCGUCUGGUGGCUCGCGUUCGCGCUCGGGCACUCGAUCGCAAUCGGGCUCCAAGUCGCGGACUAAGGUCUCCAACUUUGCUCCUUUUGUGCAUGUCGAGCCGCAAGCGGCAACCUCGCAGUCGCCGUCGCGGUCGAUCUCGGCAUCGCGCUCGCGCUCGCGCUCCAAGUCAAACUCACGGUCGCGGUCGCGACCCGGCCUCGAGGACCACCUUCUGCGGGUGACUGAGGACAACGGCAACGGCGACGACAGUGGCGCGCCGCCGCGCCGCAAGCGAACCAUCUCAUUUUCGUCGCAGCAGAAGCUGAGUCUGGUGUUCAACCCUACGACCGGCAAGACCCGAACAGCAGCGGUCGACGCGCCUGACAGCGAGGCGGUUGACGGCGAGCUGGUCAUCAUCCGGCCCGAGCCGCCGAGCGCCGACGGUGACGCCGCCACCGCCGGUGGAACUGACGACGCCGACGUCGACCUUCAGCUCGCCGCCAGUGAGCAGGCCGAGAUGGCGCUCGCCUUUGAAUGGGAGUUCUGGUUUGACGAGUGCUGCCCCAAGGGCAUCUCCAAGGAGGCGUACGAGGCCUCGAUCAAGUCGUGGGGCACAUUUAGCUCCAUCCAGGGAUUUUGGCGGUACUGGAACAACAUGGUCGACGUCCACUUUCUGCCGACCUACUGCAACCUGCGUAUGUUCAAGGCAGGCAUCAAGCCGCUGUGGGAGGAUCCCGCAAACACCAACGGCGGGCGGUUUGUCAUCCGCUUCCCUGACGGCUCCGGCCGCGAAAUCAUCAAGUGGGUCUGGGCCGAGGUCGUCCUCGCCGUCAUUGGCUCCACCAUUCCACACUGCGAGGAGCUGUGCGGCAUUGUCCUCCAGAUCCGGCCCAAGUACAACUCGAUCGCCAUCUGGACGACCAACGCCUCGGCCAAGGACAAGAUUGCAGAAAUGGAAGCCGUAUUCCCGUCCCUUUUCCGCCUUCCCAAGCGCGUCUCCCUCGCCUACCAGGUCAACCAGACCGCACUCGCCUACAACAAGAACUUUGUUCCGCUCAACAAGCGCUCGGCCCGCCGCCACAACCACGCCGCCGGUGCCGCCGCUGGGCCGAGGACUGGCAAGCGAGCCUCCGUCUCUGGCCCGGUCGUGCGGAGCCGUGGCCUCGGUGACGACUCGACGUCGCCGCCGCCGCGCGGCCGCACUGCCAACUCGCUUGUCCCUCCGGCUCCCCGUGCAGCGUCGAUCUCGCCCAAGCGUGCCAACCCACCGCCGGUCCGCGUCUCCGGCCGCUCGCCAACCAAGCCGGUGGACAUUCCCCGCGAGCUUCCGAUCUCGGUCCCCGCUCCCGCUGAUCCUGUGUCUACAAGCCCGCUAGGCUCGUCGCCGAGCUCGAGCUCGGCGUCUCCCGCCAAGUCCAAGUCGAAGACCAAGGACAAGGACAAGGACAAGGACAAGGACAAGGACAAGGACAAGAAGAAGAAAAAGGACAAGGACAAGGCAAAGUCCAAGACAAAGUCCAAGGCCAAGCCCGCCACGCCAACGGCAGGCACCCCGCGCGCCGACGGUGUGGUGGCUGAGCUGCUAUCGCGCGACAAGCCGCCGUCGGCGGCAGACCUCCGUGCAGCCGCCGGUCUCGACUCGGCCAUUCCGGAGCGAACGUCUUCGCUGGACGCACUGAUGCUGAAGGCGCUAGCGACUCCGGCCUGGAAGACCAAGAAGAAGAAAGAUGUGGCCACCUCGCCUGUGGCUUCACCGUCGGCCCGUCCAUCCGCCUCCGGUACCGCCUCUCCGCUUGCCCGCUCGGCCCGCUCGCUACCCAACAUCACGUCGGCCCGCGACGGCCUUGUCCUCGCAACGUCCUCGUCUAGCACGCUCAACAAGAGCAACAUCGAGGUCGAGCUCGGCGCUGACGACCUCGCGUUUGUCCUUGACGACGCUGUCGCCCCCGCCGAGCACUGGGACCCCGAGGCCGACGACCCCGAAUCGCGCCCGGUCUCGCCGGUCGGCUUCACCCCGCCCUCGGGCGUCUUGGUGGGUGCCGGCUCGCCCGAGCUCCCGGCCGCACCCGACAAGGUCAUCUCGGCGCUGGAAGCGUUGCUUGUCGCCGGCGUCGCCGGCCCACCCGCCGCCGCCCCGUUGCGCACCACCUCGCUGAUGCCGCAGACCCAGACCGUGUCCGAGCCCGAGCCCGAGCCCAAGUCCAAACCUGAGCCCAAGUCCAAACCUGAGCCCAAGUCCAAGCCCAACUCGGCGCCCGAGCCGGUGCCAGACUCGGCGCCCGCGCCAGCAAAGGACGACAAGCCCGCCAAGCCGACAAAGAGCUCGGAGUCUCAAGCCCGAUCAAAGCCGCACGGUGGCAAGCGAAGAAAGGCCAACAAGACUCGCCAUACACCCACCUCGGAUGAGGAGCUGCUGACCAAGACCCAGGGUGCAGCCUCGGGCGUCUCGCCGGCCGUCCUUGCCGGCACAAUCGCCGGCACAAUCGCCACCGCCCUUGUCGCCAUCCAGCAGCGGAAGAGGCAGCGCGAGGAGAAUGAGGCCCAUGAGCUGGCCAUGGACGACGGCUUGGUCGAGGGCCUGUAUCCGAGUGGCGGACAUGGUGCAAAGUCAUCAACACCAUCCAUGUCGUCCAUGCUGCCCAUGGUGGAAAUGGAGCCCAAGCGGAAGAAGCCACGUGGACUCAAGCGCAAGAUCAAGUCCAAGAAGGCCAAGUCCCACAAGGCCGUCGCCAAGAAGGGCUCGGGCAAGAAGUACACCAUUCUCCGCCCGGUAGACUCGGACGACGAGUCAGACCUCUCGUCGUCGGCCUCGGACUCGAGCUCGGAGACCUUCCGAUUUGCGGGGAACGAGACCGGCGAUGGUAAGAGUGGUCGCAAUCGCCUGAUGGGCGAAAGGAUCGGCGGCGGACGGUCGUCGGUCGCCAAGCUCGUCCAGGUCAUCCAGGAUGCGCGGUCAAAGUCGGAGAGCGAGGGCGAGAGCGACGACGACGGUUCCGACGACUCGUUUGAUGUCAACGAUGCCCUAGAUGCGCUCGACGAGCUCAAGGAGCAAGUCGGCGGCGAUCUAUUGGCAACAGACUCGGGCGACGAUGGGUCGGCGAGCGCGUCGGGUGACGACGACGAGGAUGACGCCGCGAUCGAGGCCGCUGUGGUCGGCGCAACAGCAGGUUCCGAGCUUGACGACGACCAGGUCGCGCCCGGCGACGACCAUGACGGUAGUGGCGGCGAGGAUGCUAAUGAUGCUGUCGCCGAGGAUGCGCCUGCAGAGGGUGAUGAGCGGCUGAAGAACAAGUUGCCGGCCGACGACCCGUUCCGCAAGUUUAUCGAGACCGACCUCGUCCACAACGACAUCGAGGACAUGCAAAGGGUGACGGUGCGAAGUGCGAGCGAGGCGCCGGACAAGGACAUGACAUCGCUGGGCAAGAUUCACUACGAUGCAGAUACAGUCGACAUCAAGGCGCUGGCGGCAUGUGAGAUCGGCGUCGACCAUCCGCAGUUUGCUGUCUCGCCCGCCCUUCUCCCGGGCUGGGCCGAGUACACUCAAACUGCGGGCGCGCUGACCGAGGAGCAGCGUGUGGUUCUCGGCACAGUAAGCAGCUACUCGGACAUGCUUGUGGCCUCGCCGGCGCUCGACGACAUCGACGUCCGCGACGAAGUGACCGAUGCAGUCCUGCUUCAUGCGCUCUCGCACGCGGUCAAGGGCUGGCACGGAGUCCGCGCAAACAACGCCAAACUGGCCGCCAAGGCUGCGCGGCGCGAGGCGCGGGCCAAGGCCCGCAAGGCGCGGGCCAAGGCGCGGGCGCUCAACAAGGCCGCGGCCGGGUUCAAGAACUCCGGCUCGGGCUCGGGUUCAGGUUCAGGCUCGGGCAACGCCAACGGCGCCGGCUCCGAUUCGUCCGAUUCCGACUCGUCGUACUCGUCAGACGAGGACUCGGACGACGACGCGCUGCGUGACCAGGGCUACACGCGGGCACGGGUGCUGAUUGUGACGCCGAUGCGGAACCGUGCAAUGCGAAUUGUGCACACGCUGUUGGCGCUGAUGCCGGGCACGUCGGUGAGCGAGGGCAAGAACGUGGUCAAGCUCGACUCGUUCACCAAAGAGUAUGCCGGCGAGCCGGACACAAGCGAGCAGUUUGCGGCCAAGCCGCUCGACUACCAAGAGCUGUUUGACGGCAACACCGAUGACUCGUUUUGCUGUGGCAUCCGGUUCCUGGGGCGGAGCGUGCAGUUGAUGGCGCCGCUGUACUCGGCUGACAUCAUUGUGGCCUCGCCACUCGGGCUUCGUCUGCUGACCAAGACAAGCGAGGACACAACGUCGCGGCGCAACUAUGACUUUCUCUCGUCAAUCGAGCUGCUUGUGGUGGAGAGCGCACACGUGCUGCUGAUGCAGAACUGGGAGCAUCUGACAACAGUGCUCGAGGUGACCAACGCGCCGCUGCUCCGGCCGCGCGAUACGGACUACUCGCGGGUUCGUAACUACUUUUUGGACCUCCUUGCCAAGCACUACCGGCAGACGAUUGUGCUGUCGGCGGUGGCCGCUCCGCAAGUGCUCGCCCUCUUCAACAACGCUUCGCUGUGUGGCAACAACCGGGCCGGGAAGCAGGCGGUCUAUGCGCUGCCGCCCAAGAUCAAGCUCGGCUCCAUCUCGUCGGUCCUCCUCCCGAUCGACCAGGUCUUUGUCCGCAUUCCGCUUGCGCUCUCAGAGCUCGCAUCGGAGCCCGACGUUCGUUUCCAGGCCUUUGUUGAGACCGUCUGGCCCGAGCUGGUCAAGGUCCGCGAAUCGCAGGGCGGAACGGUGGCGAUCUACAUCCCGUCGUACUUUGACUUUGUCCGAGUCCGCAACCACCUCGUGGCCGAGAGCGCCAAGUUUGAGGUCAUCUCCGAGUACUCGACACUCUCACAGGUUGCGCGCGCGCGGUCCAAGUUCUACCAUCACGAGACCCACUUUCUGCUCUUCACCGAGCGCUUCUACUUUUAUCUCCGCUACCGCAUCCGCGGCAUCUCACGCCUGGUCUUCUACGCCCCGCCGACCUUUGCCCGCUUCUAUCCCGAGCUCAUCAACGACAUGGAGUCCGAGUCCGAUCCGCUCGCCACCGCCGCCCUCCUCGCCACCCGCAAGGUCUGGACCCUCUACACCAUCGCCGACAAGCACCGCCUGCUUCCGAUCCUCGGCAGCGGAAACUACAAGGCCGUGACAAAGAGCGCCAAGCGGACCCACCUCUUCGCAUAAAGCAGACAACCAUAG